AUGCCACCUAAUCUUGUUAAUGAAAAUCCUCCAUCAAAUAAAACAUGGACUGAAAAGAGUGUUCAAGAUAAUACUGGAAUACAUAAUUUUCAAUCACAUGUAUUUGAAAAUAAAAGAAUUUAUAAUAAUGUACUUGAUGCAAUUGGUAAUAUACCAUUGAUAAAAUUAAAUAAAAUUCCUAAAGAAUAUGGUAUUGAGUGUAAUGUUUAUGUAAAACCAGAAUAUUUAAAUGCUGGAGGAUCAAUAAAAGAUCGUAUUGCUAUAAAAAUGAUAGAUUUAGCUGAAGAAGAAGGUAUUCUAAAACCAGGAAUGACAUUAAUUGAACCAACAUCAGGUAAUACAGGAAUUGGACUUGCUUUAGCAGCAACUAUUAAAGGAUACAAAUGUAUAAUUUGUAUGCCACAAAAAAUGUCAAAAGAAAAAGAAGUUAUAAUUAAAGCUCUUGGUGCAACAAUGAUUCGUACACCAACAGAGGUACCUAAAGAUUCACCAGAAUCAUAUGUUUCUGUUGCUGCUAGACUUGGAAAAGAAAUUAAAGGUGGUGCUUUUCUUAAUCAAUAUAAUAAUGCCGGAAAUCCAAUGGCACAUUAUGAAACAACAGCUACUGAAAUUAUAGAUUCAUUAAAUGGUAAUGUUGAUAUGGUUGUAGCUGGUGUUGGUACAGGAGGAACUAUAUCAGGAUUAGCUAAAAAAAUAAAAAAAGAUGUACCUAAAGCAAUAAUUGUUGGUGUUGAUCCUGAAGGUUCAUUAAUAUCAGAUCCAAAUGGUAAAGUACAUGGUUAUUUAAUUGAAGGUAUUGGACAUGAUUAUAUUCCAAAUGUAUGUGAUGUUAGUGUUGUUGAUGAAUGGGUAAAAACAAAUGAUAAAAAUUCAUUUAUAAUGGCUCGUGAUUUAAUUAAAAAAGAAGGAAUUUUAUGUGGUGGAUCAUCAGGUGCUAAUGUUUGGGGAGCUCUUCAAGCUGCUAAAAAAUUAAAAAAAGGGCAAAAUUGUGUUGUAAUACUACCAGAUGGAAUUCGUAAUUAUUAUACAAGAUUUUGUGAUGAUAAUUGGUUGAUUAAAAAUCACUUAAUAGAUAAAAUUGAUACUAUUCCAAUAAUUUCAAUUGAUAAUAAUUUAUUUGAAAAUAAUAUACAAUACGAUCCAACAAAAAAACCAUCUGAAAAAUGGAAAUAUCCCUUAUCUGAACCAUCUUUUAAUCCAAUAAAAAGUAAAGUUAUGAAUUCUAUUCUUGAGGCAAUUGGUCAUACUCCAUUAAUAAGGCUUAAUAAACUUCCAAAAGAAUUGGGUAUUGAAGCAGAAGUACUUGUAAAAUGUGAAUAUUUUAAUGCUUCAGGUUCAAUUAAGGAUCGUGUUGCCCUUCGUAUGAUAGAAGCAGCCGAAGAAAAUGGAUCUCUUAAAGCAGGAAUGACAAUUAUUGAACCAACAACUGAUAGUUUAGGAAUUGGAUUAGCAUUUGUUUCUGCUGUUAAAGGAUAUCAUUGUAUUAUUGUUACAACAAAUAAUAUUUCAAAAGAAAAAGAAAUUAUUUUAAAAACAUUAGGUGCUGAGGUUAUAAAAACAUCUAUUGAAAAUGAGAUAACAUCAACUAAAUCAUAUAUUGACAUGGCAAUUAAGUUACAUAAAAAAAUACCAAAUUCAAUUAUUCUUGAUCAAUAUACAAAUUUUGCCAAUACUCAGGCUCAUUAUUCAUUGACAGCAGAAGAAAUUUUAUAUAGUUGUCAAAAUAAAAUUGAUAUGGUUGUAGUUGGAGCCUGUACUGGUGGUUCUAUAACAGGAAUUGGUAAAAAAAUAAAAGAAAAAAUACCUUAUUGUCAAAUUGUUGGUACAGAUUUGGAAGGAUCCGUAUUUUCUGAUUCAAAAAAUAAAGAAACUUUUAGUACUGAAAUUGAAGAUAUUGGUUGUAAUUUUAUUCCAGCUAUUUUUGAUCAAAAUGUUGUAGAUAUUUGGAUGAAAGUAAAUGAUAAAAAUUCAUUUGAAACAGCAAAUAAAUUAAUACGUAAAGAAGGAUUAUUGUGUGGUGGAGCUUCAGGUGCUUGUACAUGGGCUGGUUUGGAAUGUGCUAAAAAAUUAAAAAAAGGUCAAAGAAUUGUUAUCAUUUUACCUGACUCUGUUAAUAAUUAUAUUUCAAAAUUUGUUGAUCCUGAAUGGAUGAAAAAAAGAAAUUAUGAAACAUGUGAAUAA